ACGGGUUUGUAGAAAUAUAAUAAAGAACUGAUUGUCAUCCUAGCCCCUCAGUUAUAAAGACCUCUUUUUGAGGAAAAUUGCUUCUUUGAUUUUGCCACCAUGUUGCCAUGGUAAGUAUCUGACUAAACUCUGAGUGUUUGGAGCCUGACGUCUCAUAUAACCUGUCCUGACACCUCCCUAUUCUUUCUGGAGCCAGGACUAACCACAACCCACAAGAUGAAUAAAUGAAUACAUGGAUUAGAGGAUGAAGGUGCUUCCCAUUCUCUUCCAUGUGAAUGAGUCUGAACAAAAAGAGGUUCUAUCCUCUUCAUUAAGUUAAUGGAUGUAUGGCUGAUGAACCCGAGUACUAGCAAGUAAGACGUGCAGAGAUUUCAGAGCCUGAGGGGCUGGAUCAAACUCCACACACGGACACAUCGGCUCCUUCCCUGUUUGUCUUUGGUCUUAUGUGACAUCUCUUUAUUACUGCUGGAUGCAGUUGCCGCUACAGAGACAGCCCCUUGUGUUUUAGGUGGGGUUGGCAGUGCCUUUUCUAAUAAAUUAGAGAUUUGUGCAAGUUCGGCGUCAGAGGUUCUUCAGAGCUGGAAGUGAGAUUGAUUCUGGAGAGUUCAGCUGUGCUGCAUCUGCUAUCCAGGUAUCUUUGACCUUGCUGAACCUAAGACAUAGAGAAGAAAGAUACGUUUUAGAAAUACUUUUAUUUUAUUAAUCACUGUAAUUUAGGCACUUGUUUUUAACCACUGAGAUCCACAAUCACUGGAAACAGCAAUGGCUCCUUUGAGGUCUGGAGCACAGGGAUUGUCUCCAGUGACUCUCCUGUGCUGUGUGACACUGGCUGUUUGGCUGUUCUGUGGAGCUCAUACUGAGGCUUCUGUGCUCAACCUGAAGCGUUUCAUCGGCUGUGCAGUUCGAGAAUUUACCUUUCUGGCCCGUAAGCCGGGAUGCGGUGGGCUGCACGUCACCACUGAUGCCUGCUGGGGACGCUGUGAGACCUGGGAAAAGCCUGUCCUGGACCCGCCCUUCAUCGAGUCGCAUCAGCGCGUGUGCACCUAUAACGAGACUCGAUUAGAGACGGUGCAGCUGCCGAACUGCUCAGCAGAUGUGGACCCGUCCUACACCUAUCCAGUGGCCAUCCGGUGCGACUGUGGGGUUUGUCUCACCAGCACCACUGAAUGCAUCACCUCGGUCUGAUAUGCAGGAGAAAACAGCCAUUUUGUUAUGGUUAAAACACCAGAGGCCAUGUGCACUGCAGGAAUAAAAUGAAUCAGUUUGAUGUCUAUGUACAUGUGGGAGAGAUUUUACCUUCAAAUGGUCCCUGUAUGUUUCUUUCUCAUCCUCUUUUGGUUGUUUAUCUAUCCUCCUCACUUUUUUCCUGAAAAGAGCAAAAUUAUCAUAAUAAUAAAAUAAAACUGCAAACACCAUGUCUGCGAACUUCUGUCAUAAACUGAAAAACAAGGAUCUUGUAGUAACAGGAUAUAAGCCAUAAAAUUACUGUAUGUAACAUUAUAAGUUCCCUCUUAUUUUUUUAAUUAUUUUUUCUUUUAAUUAUCACACAC